CCUCCAAGUACACAACCAAGUAACGAACAGAUGCAAUGAUCAAUUGAGAACAGAUACGGACAGGUUAAAUAUUAUAACAUGUCUCCGGAGUAUUUCACCACACAAAUGCUCCAAUGUCAAUGUCGCUUAUGUUCCCUCGUUUGCCCCGAAACGUAGUGGCUGAACCUUUCCUGCAUGCUCGCAGUUUCCAACAUCACAUCCGGUUCUCAAGCAGAAUGGCCUCCAAAGGGCGAACCUAUGAGGACGCGAUAGCACUGUUAGAUACCUUACAAUCCAAUCGAACAAUUGUUUCCUCCAUAUCGAAGACCUCGGAAGAUAUGAAUAUGUAUGCUAUACCAGAAAUGCUAGAAUGGACACGCAAGGCGGGGUACGAGACCGGAGAUUUCUCAAGGCGCGGAUUAAAAUGUAUUCACGUAGCUGGAACAAAAGGGAAGGGUAGUGUGUGUGCUAUGAUAGAUAACAUUCUGCGACAGUAUCGGUGCGAAGAAAAUGACGUUAGAGUUGUACCAGGGGAUACGAAAAGGAAGGGUCUAGGGAAGAUUGGGCUUUAUACCUCACCACAUCUAAUGACAGUACGUGAACGAAUAAGGAUAGAUGGAUCGCCAAUAUCAGAGCCUCUAUUUGCGCGUUAUUUCUUUGAGCUCUGGGAUCGGUUCUCUGAUCCUUCUGUCGCAUCUACUACCCUGCGUUCGAAUCCUACGUCCUCGGAAACCAAGCCAGGAUAUUUUCGAUAUCUCACUAUCAUGGCACUUCAUACAUUUAUGGAGGAAGGCGUGGAGACCGCCAUCAUGGAAUGUGGUAUUGGGGGAGAAUAUGAUAGCACGAAUAUACUGCCUGCUGAAGCAGUUACUACCACCGCGAUCACGAAACUCGGUAUCGACCAUGUUGGAAUGCUGGGAGACACAAUUGAUAAGAUAGCUUGGCACAAGGCUGGCAUUAUGAAGAAGAACAUUCCGUGUUUCACCUCUUCACAGCUCCAAGCAGCACAGUCUAUUCUAGAAAACCGCGCCAAUGAAAUUGGUGUCAAAUUGGAGGUCGUGAAUAGACAUUCCGGCUUUGACAAUGGAACCAUUGAAUUAGGGGCAGAGGGGGAUUUUCAGAAGGAUAACGCCAGUCUGGCAAUGGCUGUUGCGGCCUCACAUUUGCGAGAUCGACGUGUUAAAGAUGUGCCUACCCCUUCUAGACUAUUCACUCUUGGACAACCCAUCCCAGGUCAAAUUUUGGAAGGGAUAAAGACAGUUAAAUGGGCUGGGAGAUGCGAAGUUGUAGUAACUGGUAAUAUCACAUGGUUUAUCGAUGGUGCGCACACAGUGGACAGUAUCAAGGAGACUGGCCGUUGGUACGCUUCCAAACUCAAUCAAGCCGCCGCGCAAGGGGUUUCCCCCACGAAAAGCAUGCUAAUUUUCAAUCAACAAGACCGUGAUCCUGAAAUUCUUAUUCGGACAUUACUGGAAAACAUUCAUAUAUCUUUCGAAGCUUUUGACUUCGCUACCUUUUGCACCAAUAUACCUUUCAAGAGCGAAGAAGUUGACAGUGGCAUCAUUGAUCUUAGCCAACAGAAGUCGGCGUCCAAACUAUACUCAGGCUUGGAUCGUAGUCCAAUGUGUAUGGAGUAUGCGAGUAUCCAAGAAGCGGUAGAGCUUGCGCAUAGGGUAUCCGAAGACGAGGAACGUUUCUUUGUUCUGGUAACUGGAAGUCUGCAUCUCGUCGGUGGCCUCAUGAAAGUGCUUGAAUAUCAAAGUAAGAAAGAGGCAGAAGCUUAAAAGUUCUCUCAGUAGUGGAAUAGUGCUGGAGUUUGUUCGAUACCCGUUAGUGAUACAGAAAAUACAGGAACCACAGGCGUUUAUCGUGGGAAUUUUGUGGUUCCUACAUGUUUCAACUCAAAAGACGUUGAUAUAUUCAUCGAAGGACCUGGUGCAGUGUUCGGUAUGGAUUUGAAUACUGGUACGUAUGGUUCAAGAGGAGAAAGAGAAUUAUUUGCAGUUUUGAAGAGCGUAUACCCAAAAAUUAAGAAGUUUUUUUCUUCAUUAUUA